AUGCGCCACAAAAGCCAGUUAUUGAGCUUGUCUUCCAGAUACAAAGAUGAGGCGGCUGCUUAUCGUGCCCAGGCGCUUUCUACUACUUCAUUCUAUCAAGAAUGCAUUGAGAUGGUAAAAGGUCUCUCAAAAGCGAUCUCCAUUCUAUACGGUGAUGUCGCCCAGCUCCGAGCUUCCGUGCUAACUACCAGUGAAAAGGAAAGGCAGCGUCUACAUAGCUGCCUGCGGCCUAGAAGUCAGCGUGCAGAGGCUUUACCCGUCCAUCGUCUCACAGAUCUGUCGAUAUGCAGUCACGGUCAUUCAAUCUCUGGUGACUGCAACACUUUAGUUGACGUCCCUCCCAGGUCUUGUCGCAAAUUGCCACCAGCUCGAUCUCGGUCUUGUCCUCUCAUUGACGAGGAUAUCAUCUCGUCAGAGUACCCUCCACCCUUUUUAACGGAAUUCCGGAAGGCAAAAGAGCAAGCCCCAUUCCUUUACGGACCUCUGCCUCGUCCUGCUGGGUUUAUGCUACCUUCUAUUGAUUAA